GGCGGUCACGCGAUAACGCGAUCGCCUAAACACCGUAUUACCGUAAGGCACUGUCUGAUCUGUUGUUGAUAUUGAAGUAGAGUGAGAUCAUUUCCUUCAGCAAUAUGGUUGCCCAUGCCGAUAUUCUUCUGUCGAAAUGUGCUCAGUUUCGAAACGAAAGUCAAUUCAUCGACGUUCGAUUAAAAGUUGGUGAAGACAUCUUUCCAGCUCAUCGAAUCGUGCUGGCCGCAAGUAGUAAUUAUUUCUACGCCAUGUUUACAGAUGGAAUGAAGGAGUCAAGCCUGGAAGUGAUCGAGCUGAAAGAUGAAAGCAUUUCACCAGAUGUUUUUAAGAUCAUACUGGACUCCAUCUACACUGGAGAUCUCCUUGUAAACGAGGAAAGCGUGUCCAAGGUUCUUGCUGCCGCAGAUCAUCUUCAAGUCGCGAGUGCUGUUCAUCAGUGUUGUAAUUUCCUGCUGACCGAGUUCGUCAAGAUUCGUUUGGACUUUGAAACUUACUGUCGCAUCUGGGAAAUUGCGGUGAGCUAUGGGCUGAAAGAUCUGCAAGACGCUGCAGAGUGUGCUGUGGCUAAGAUGUAUACAGAUGUGUGCGAGAGGAGAGAAUUCCUGACGCACAUCGGUGGAAACCAACUAGUCAGCCUUCUUAGCCGAGAUGACCUCAAUGCACCUUCUGAGACGUUUGUCUUCAAAUCUGUGAUGCAGUGGAUUAAACACAAGAAGAAGGAGAGAAUGGCAGUCGCAGCCAAAGUUAUCGGAACUGUUCGUCUGGGGCUGGCAGACAUUGGAGUUGUGAUUGACGAUUUGGAUACGAAGGAGAUGAAGCAAGUUCCCGAGAUUUAUGCGCAAGUGUGCGAAGCAGCAAUUUAUAAACACCAACCUUCCCAUAAACCUCAAGCCGCUAGGCAGCAAACAAAGCCACGAUCAAAGAACCCGGUUCUUGUUGCUGUUUCACCUCAAGCUAGAAUACAGUACUUCGACGUGGAAGCCAAGGCUUGGAAAUUGUUGCCAAUAGAUUCACCGUUAAUUGAUGCCACUCAUUGUUAUUGUGCGUUAUCUGUUGGCAAUAACUUGUUUGUUGCUGCAAAAGACUCCAUUGGUUACUGCCUUUAUCGCUAUGACCCAGAGGCAAAUGUGUGGGAGAGACUUCCAAACCCAUGUGGUGAAACAAAAAAUCUGUGUCUUUUAGAGGAAUACUUGUACGCAAUCCCUGCCAAUUUCAACCAUACUACUUACCGCUACAAUUUCGCUAAACGUAAGUGGCACAACAUCACGGGACAGUUCAUCAGUGGUGCUCAUUCAUUUAGUGGUGCAGCCGUCUUGCAUUCAAAGGUGUUUACUCUUUAUGGAAACUACAAAGCUUGGUACCAUCGCCUUUCGGUUGAACCAACAGUUUUACACUGUUUUGAUUCACAAACGUAUGUGUGGGAGACAAAGAAAGCAACAACCCAACAUCGUCACUUUGGAUCCAGUCUUAUAGUAGUGAACGACAAACUCUACGCUGUUGGGGGCAAAGAUUCUAUUGACAGGGAUAAUAAUCUUCCAAGUGGUAACCCUGCACCUGUAGAAAUGUAUAACGAAGACUCCAACACUUGGUCUGUUGUUGAGCAAAAGUGUAUUCCCGCCAACAAUCUAAAUGCAGUGAAAAUAGAAGGCAGAAUUUAUUUUGUCAUCAAUAAUUUUCCAGUUGACAGUGGGAUCAGAAUCGCACAUGGGAGCCUGGAUUCUGCUCUCUUGAACAAGUGGGAUAACUUGGCAAAGAUCGACCAAAAUGCAGCCCUUGGUUUCCUGGUUAUAACUAGAAAGGAUGGGGUGUGAAAGACACAACAGUGGAUACGGUGAAAGUGCUCUUACCGUAUGUUUUAUUUUCGCCAAUUGGAACACAACCCUAAUGAUUUUACUCAUAGCGCAGUUCUUUAUGAGAAAAUGUGAAAGCGGGCCCAUAAAUACCCGUGUACGUGAUUAACUACAGAUGCUUUUAUCAUCUAUAUAACACUGCGUGUAGGAAGGCCUUCUCGAAGAGUUAGGAGGCGUUCUACUCCUGUGUCAUAAUGGACUUAGGGAUAUUUUAUCAGCAGAAAGUUUUCACAGUAAACGUAACAGAGGCGGGUGUGUCAUGUGCACCUUGUGGUUAUUCCCUCUAACGUUCUUGACUUGAUUUGAUUUUUAAAUAACGUUUAUUCCGUGUCAUAUCGUUAGGUAAUCAGUUGAUAACAAGAGCGAUAACACCUAC